GUGCUUUGCCCAGCCUCAGUCUUCUGAAUUCUUCAAGCCAUGGACCAGUGUCUGCUGUCUCUCUAACUAAUCGAUCAGCCAUAGGAUUUCCUGAUACCACUGAUUUUCUUACUAAGCCAAGUGUUAGUUUACAUAGAUCACUGGGCAGUGUAUCCAAUCCAGCAGAUCUCCUCAGGAACUCUGACAGUAAUCUGUGUAGCAGCUGUGGACACCAAAUACUCAAAUAUGUUUCAACAUGUGAACCCGAUGGUACAGACCACCACAGUGAAAAAUCAGGUGAAGAAGACAACAGUGUUUUCUCAAAAGAACCAUUGAACAUUGUGGAAACUCAAGAAGAAGAGACAGUGAAGAAAGACUACAGGGAAUUGUUUUUGGAAGGUGAUAAUCACCUAAUGGAAGAGGCACAGCAACCAAAUAUUAACCCGGAAGCGUUACUGGACCCAAUGUUAGAAGAUUGUGAUUCGUUAAUAGAAAAGAUGAGCCACUGGAAUUUUCAGAUUUUUGAGCUUGUAGAAAAGAUGGGAGAAAAAUCAGGACGUAUUCUCAGUCAGGUUAUGUAUGCUUUAUUUCAAGAUACUGGUUUAUUGGAAACAUUUAAAAUUCCCACUCAAGAAUUUAUGAAUUAUUUUCGUGCAUUAGAAAAUGGCUACCGAGACAUUCCAUAUCACAAUCGUGUGCAUGCCACAGAUGUCCUACAUGCUGUUUGGUAUUUGACAACACGACCAAUUCCUGGCUUACAGCAGAUUCAUAAUAACCUUGAAACAGAAACCAAAGCAGAUUCAGAUGGUAGACUUAGUCCUGGGCAGAUUGCUUACAUUUCUUCGAAGAGUUGCUGUAUUCCAGAUAUGAGUUAUGGCUGUCUAUCUUCCAACAUUCCCGCAUUAGAAUUGAUGGCUUUAUAUGUGGCAGCUGCCAUGCAUGACUAUGAUCACCCAGGAAGAACAAAUGCGUUUCUAGUGGCUACAAAUGCACCUCAGGCAGUUUUAUACAAUGAUAGAUCUGUUCUAGAAAAUCAUCAUGCUGCAUCAGCUUGGAAUCUGUAUCUUUCUCGCCCAGAGUACAACUUCCUCCUUCACCUUGAUCACAUGGAAUUCAAACGUUUUCGUUUUUUAGUCAUAGAAGCAAUCCUUGCUACAGAUCUCAAAAAACAUUUUGAUUUCCUUGCUGAAUUCAAUGCCAAGGCCAACGAUGUAAACAGUAACGGUAUAGAAUGGAGCAGUGAGAACGAUCGCCUCUUAGUCUGCCAGGUGUGCAUCAAACUCGCAGAUAUCAACGGCCCAGCCAAAGAGCGAGAUCUACAUUUGAGAUGGACAGAAGGCAUUGUGAAUGAAUUUUUUGAGCAGGGAGAUGAAGAAGCAACCCUGGGUCUACCCAUUAGUCCCUUCAUGGACCGUUCUUCUCCUCAACUAGCAAAACUCCAAGAAUCUUUUAUCACCCACAUUGUGGGGCCCCUGUGCAACUCCUAUGAUGCUGCUGGCUUGCUGCCUGGUCAGUGGAUAGAAGCAGAAGAGGGUGAUGAUACAGAAAGUGAUGAUGAUGAUGAUGGUGAAGAGUUAGAUUCAGAUGAUGAAGAAUCAGAAGGCAAUCUAAAUCCUAAACCACAAAGAAGGAAAGGUAGGCGGCGAAUAUUUUGCCAACUAAUGCACCACCUCACUGAAAACCAUAAGAUAUGGAAGGAAAUCAUAGAAGAAGAAGAAAAAUGUAAAGCUGAGGGGAACAAACUGCAGGUGGAUAAUGCCUCCUUACCUCAGGCAGAUGAGAUUCAGGUUAUUGAAGAAGCAGAUGAAGAGGAAGAACAAAUGUUUGAAUGAAAAGAAAACUCAUGCUGAAGAAGCCUGGGGUGCUGUUCCCAGGGUCAUUACCCAAUGCUCACUGUACUGAUUCUCAACUGACCAUUCCCAUGUGGACAGGCCUUAAUACUGUGAGAGGAUCCUUGCUACCCUGGCAGUUCUCACUCCUAAGCACUUUCAUUACAAACUAGAGACUGAUUCUUAGAGCUUGCUGCAGUUGACUCAUGCUGCAAAGCCUUCCUCAAAGCCUUCACUGGUGUGUAAAUAGUAUGUCAUAAUGCUGCUUUGCUGGAUAGUGUGCUCUUAUUUCUCACAAUGAGGGAGGGCUAAAACUGAAAAGUCAAGUGACUUCAGUUUUCGAAGUGUCCGUAAUUCAUUUAUAAAAACAGGAUUCAUCUUGUAUUUCCAAAUAUAUCUUUUAUGUCUUUGUUUGGGGGUGGGGUGGGGCAAGAAACAAACCUCUAUGCUUAAUCCAAAAAGGAAUUCAUUGUGGCCUUUCUGAGUGAUUACUGCUCCUGGCAGUACACUGUUCAAUGUGGUUCUCCUAGCUUCAUCCAUGAAGGACUGAGGACCUUUGUUAUAUUUAACAAAACCCGGAUGCAUCAAUUUCUGAUGCUUUUUAUUGUUGUGUAUAAUCUACUCAUGUGUUUUAUUUCUGUCUAAAGUAUUCAGGUUUGCUGUGGACAUCAGAAGUCUGAAUUCUACUCUUACUGAUUUUGUUCCAUGGUUGAAUUUUAAAAAUGUUUAACAAUGAAGGAGCGUUAUUCUUUAUUCAAAACUGUUCUUAUUUUUAUUCUUGCUCAGGAUAAGUAAUUUUACACAUUAAUUAUUAUAAACAUGGCAUAGAUUUGCCAGAAAAAAACCAUUUUGUCCUAGUAUUGAUGUUACCUUUUAUGAAAUAAAUACCAUUUUAUUUUAAUUAAAGCCAAGAAAAAGGAGAUGUCUAUCUUUGCCUUAAUGGAAAAUCAAAUGAAACCAAUCCCAUUGAAGGUAAUGCCUAAAUAAUUAGUUAUCUUUAUAUAUGUGUCUUAGGUGUCUUGUAUUCUUGUGUCUGGUAUAGUAAAACUGACAUUUUUUGUUGUUAAUAUCUUUCCGCUUCAAGAGUACAUGGCAGAGAUGACACAUCACUAUGUAGUAAUACAGUCCCGGAGGAAGACUGAAUUUUGAAGUGAAGUACAUGACGGGAAUGCAUAUUAAUUUUUCCAUAAAAUGCUAUGAAUAGUUCAAUAAAUAAUUCAAUAAAAUGCAUAUAAAUAAAUAAUUUACUAGAAAACAGAUCACAUACUUAUAUAACCUCAUUAGAGUGCAGUUAUGUCUCCCUAGUUACGAAAAAUUUUUGAAGCUAUUCAAAGCAACAAAAAUAUCAAAAUGGUAAACUGAUUUCUCAUUAUCCUUUAAGACCAUACAAUAUUUUUGAGCCAUUGAAUUUUGUGCACAGUUAACUGUCAGUUUCCACAGUAGCUCCUAUAUAGUGUGAUGCUGGAGUUGUCUACAAGGCUGCAGUUAAAGAUCAGUUGGAGUACUGGUAUUUUUGAUCCUGCAGGUACCAUUUUUAAUGAAUCACUACACUUUAUUUAUUAAACAUGUUGACUGCUGAAUUCUUUCCUGUCACUUUUGCUACCAUAACCACAUCAUUUGUAAUCUGGUCCUACCAUAUAUUACUAAGUAAUAAAAUUUUAAUUGAUAGUCUAUUGAAUUUGCAUUUAUAUAA